AUGAUCAACAACUCAGUGGCAAUAGAAGACCCCAAAAGAAUUGUUGAGGUUGAGAUGGCGUCCGAGUCUUCAGAUUACCAUUGUAAUGGGGAUAACCUAGAGAGGUUCGAGGAGAAGCUUCAUCCGGGGCCGCCCAUCGGAUUCGAAUCCCCCCCAAUGUUCACAAUGAAGAAGGCAAAACGGAAGGACGAUGGACCAUUGGACAUUUUCUGCUCAUGGGUUGUAGAGCAUCAAAUUGGGCUAUCCCUCAACCUCUUUUUGCUUUUGACCCUGACCCACCUCUCGUUCCCUCGCGCUCGAAGACAUACUCGCAAAUUUUUCGAGCUCUCCUACUUCAACUCGGAAUCCGGUGAAUAUUGUGCAGGCUGGAAUGAUGCCUGGAUGGUGCUCUUUUGGAUUGUCGUGUUCACGGGGCUUCGUGCUGCGGUCAUGGAUUACAUCUUAAUGCCAUUUGCGAAGAAAGGGGGAGUCAAGACACAGAGGGACCAGACGAGAUUUGCUGAGCAGGCUUGGCUCAUCGUAUACUACUGUUGUUUCUUCCCGUUAGGAAUGUACAUCCUGGUCAACUCCGAUUACUGGCUCAAUUUGAAGAAUCUCUGGGUCAAUUUCCCAAAUCGCGAGAUGACGGGCCUUGUAAAGUGGUAUAUUCUUGUGCAGUAUGCGUUCUGGCUUCAGCAGAUCAUGGUUAUAAAUAUCGAGGAGAGGAGAAAAGAUCAUUGGCAGAUGUUCACGCAUCAUAUUGUUACUACCAUGUUGAUAUUCACGAGUUACGGCUACCAUCAAACCAAGGUCGCCAACAUGAUCCUCUGCGUCAUGGAUAGUGUAGAUAUCUUCCUUUCAGUAGGGUCCCCAUACACCUGGAAGUUGCUGGCAUGCGAUUUUGCCUUCGCCUUCUUCCUGCUCGUCUGGAUUGGGGCGCGUCAUGUCGUGUACCUCACGAUCUGCUACUCCAUCUGGGCCGACCUUCCAGUGACCAUUGGCUAUGGCUGCUACCGCGGCAAGAAAGGCGCCAUAGAAGGGCCAUUCCCGCCUCCAGACCGGUUUGGACACCUUCUGGAGCCGUUCCGUGACCCUAAAGGCGUGGUAUGUUUCAAUGAUAACAUCAAAUCGGGGUUCCUAGGCGCACUUCUCUUCCUGCAAGUCAUCACUAUCAUGUGGUUUGUGAUGAUUUGCAGGGUCGCACUCCAGGUGAUCCGAGGCGGUCAAGCAGAUGACACUCGUAGUGAUGACGAAGGGGAGGAGGAGGAGGAGAUCGAAGACGAAAGACAUGCGGCUCUGGAGCAGAUGGGCGAGAAGGUGCCCCAACCCUACGAAGAGGAAGUUGGGGUUGAAGCAAUCAAUCUCCGAGGCAGGACGUCAAAUGCGUCUCGGUAUAGAAAAGGCACGAGUAGUGCCACUGGUGUUAGUUUACCAAGCGACACAAAGGAAUUGCUUGGGAGAAUUGGCUGUGAUAAGUCGAUCUGA